GGCGUGUGUCAGACGUGUCAGCGGCAGUGUCGCGGUGCUGUCGCCGCCAUCAUGUUGUGUGUCGCGUUGCUGAGUGUCGCGGCUGUGUGCGCGGGCGCAGCGCAUCAUCAUCACGUGCAUGAUCAUCAGCAUGGAGCGGGCACGAGCCCAGCGUCACCAGAUCCGAUGGUGCGCAGCGUGUCUGGUGAGUUCCUGGGCUCGUGGAUGACGUCACGGCGCGGCAGACGCUUCCAGGCGUACCGGGGGAUACGAUAUGCUGAGCCGCCUGUUGGGGAGCUCCGGUUCCAGCCUCCGAAACCGAUCACGAACUACACUUCGAAAGUGGACGCGCGACAGGAGGGCCCUGCGUGCCCACAGCCCGUCUACAACAACUAUCCCGUGCACGAGGACUGUCUGCGACUCAACGUCUACACGCCGACUGAGGGAAAUGCCAAGAAGCUGCCGGUGCUGGUGUUCAUGCACGCGGGCGGCUUCUACUCGGUGUCGGGGCGCAGCGACGUGGCGGGGCCCGAGCAUCUGCUGGACCGCGACCUCGUGCUCGUCACCAUCAACUACCGUCUAGGAUCACUCGGUUUCCUGAGCACGGGCGACGCUCUCGCUCCCGGUAAUAACGGCUUCAAGGACCAGGUGGCGGCGCUGAAGUGGGUGCAGAGGAACAUCGCGGCGUUCGGCGGAGACCCCGAGCUCGUCACCAUCGCGGGGUACAGUGCGGGCUCCUUCAGCGUCAUGCUGCAUAUGAUCUCGCCCAUGUCUAGAGGUCUGUUCCACCGCGCGAUGUCAAUGAGCGGCUCCCCCAUCUCUCAAAUCGAGAUCCCUCGUCACCAGCGCCACCUGGCGGAGCGACAGGCGCGUCUGCUCAGCUGUCCCACUGACUCCUCGCGCGCCAUCGUCGACUGCCUCAAGACUAAGAGUAGCAAGGAGAUCGGGGACUCGCUUGAUAAGAUGUUUGACUUCGGCUACGACCCGGUGCUGCUGUGGGUGCCGAUCCACGAGCAGGACUUCGGCCAGGAGAUGUUCCUGCCGCGACAGCCACUGGACGCGCUCUGUAGCGCUGACCUGGCGCAGGUGCCCUACAUCAUCAGCCAGACGCAGGACGAGUUCUUCUGGAAGGCUCUUGACGUUCUCCGCAACCCGUCCGCCUUCGAGUCGUGGCGCGCGGACUGGCCUGGCAAGGCGCGCGUGGCGCUCUAUCUGUCCGGAGACAACGCCACGGCCACCACUGCCGCCAACAGGCUGAAGCAGGCCUACCUGGGAGGCAAGGAUAUAGCCAACGAUACUGCUACUGGGGACGGCUUCGGGAAACUGUAUUCUGAUGCUAUUAUUGGAUUUGGAGCUCACAGACUAGUGAACCUGAUGUCUCGUCACUCGCGGCAACCGCUGUACUACUACGAGUUCGGGUACAUCGGCAACAGCAGCCACUACGUCGACCCUGACACCAAGAAACCCGUCGCGGCUGCUCACCACGACGACCUGCUGUACCUGUUCAACGUGAGCUACAACUUCCCGUCCAUCCCGCCGGCUGACACCAACGACUCGCUCAUGGUCGACAAGAUGACUGCUCUCGUCUACAACUUCGCGAGAUAUGGCGACCCGAACCCGAAACCCGACACUCCGGAACUGGCCGGUCUCUCAUGGCCUCAGUACAAGCCUUCUGAUAGAAAGUACCUCCGAAUAGAUGCUCCCUUCGCGGUCAGGGAGAAACUCUUCGAGGACAGGUUCCGAGUGUGGGAGGAGCUGUUCCCCUUGGACUAUCAGAAGUGUAAAUAAAGAGAUUUGGAUGACAAGUUUUUUGUUAGGAUGUAAGUGGAGAAUGAUAUUUUGUAAAGACUGUAGCUCAAAGAUGAAAGUGUGAAGACAUUGCAUUUUGUAUCAUCAUUGUAUUGAAGAAGAUUAUUAGAUGUUUUUAAAAAUAAAUAAAAUACAUAAAACAUA